AUGCCUACCCCUCUCGAUCGUGCUACGGCUCAACGUGGUCCUUUCUUCGCAUUUGCUGCCAUCGUUGCUGGUGUCGCAGCAUGGAGCAUUUGGGGCCAGGACAUUUUUCCCAGCUCAGACCCUACUGGAGACCCAGAGACAUGGACCCACGAGCAGUGUGUUACUUGGCUCAAACAUAGGAGCCUACAUCCCUCACCUCUUGCUACAACGGCUGAGCUUUUGGAACGCGUCAAGGCAAACAUGAGAGUAGUCAGCGAGAGGACACCCGGACAAUAG